AUGACACGUGGAAGAUAUCAACAUCUUGCACCACCUUCGAAAGCGGCUAAAGUAAAUCGUCUUCGCUUCUUUGGUCAUAUAUUAAGGAGACCGGCAGAUAGCCUUGUCCAACGAGUUCUGAAGAGUUCGUCGGGUUCGAGCUGGAAGAAGCCACCUGACCGAAAACGGGAGUUCUGGACUGAGGUGGUGAAAGAGGACCUGAGGACACUCAACGUGGUUAUUCAGUUCAGGCGAGACGUAAGGUUUCGCACAAUAUGGAAUAGCGGCAAAUGGAUUAAUGCCGUGCAAGCUCUUGCAAAAGGCUGGGUGGAGCUCUAUUCAAAGACGGCACACUUCGGCGAAGAAGCGCCUAAUCGCGUCAGGCGAUGA